AUGGGUAAUGUAUUUUACGACCCAAAGAAGCCCGCCCCAAAAUCCACGGAACAGAUCAAAAAGGCAAAGGGGGUGGAAGAGAGAGCCAAGAAACUAAGGGAGAAAUACGACGUGUCUUUGGACGACUAUCGAGAAAAUACCGUGCAGAAAAACGGCGAGCUCUUGAAGGGCAAUACCAACACCAUGUACGUCAAUAUCUCACCGAACCCGUUCAGGGUCGAUCCAAACAACUUGCCAGCGUCGUAUGCGCGCAAGGUCGGCGACGGGACCGACGUCCCAGAAACCUCCGAAGACUCGUCCGCUACAAAGAAGGGAAAGACAAGAUUGGACGCAUACAAGACAGACAAUCCGGACUUCGCCGCAGCGUUCAGCUAUGGACAGCAGUCGAAGUUUCAUGAUGGGGAGAGGUAUUACAGGCCAGGCGAAUAUGAAGAAGCGAGUACUACAGGGCACACAUCCAAUGCAGGUGACCGUGAGUGGCACUUGUUUACGGCCGAUUUACCGGAAGAACAGCGCAAGUUGCAGCAUAAUGACAGGAUAAAGAAGGGCCUAGUGCCUAAUGGUACGCUGGUGCCGCUGGCUUUGAGCCGUCAAGAAUUGCACGAGGAGAUGAUGAAGAGUUUGGGGUUGUUCAAAAACCAAGCCGCUGGCCAAAAGGGUACAUACAGGGAGCACACGGACCGACUAAUUGGAGGUGCCUAUGAUGGGCAGCACAACACGGACACGACAAUCGACCAUCUGCCUGGAGCGAGAUGA